AAGCUAGCAAGAUGGCGAAAGAAAGCUUCUGCAAGACUGGAUUCAUUGCUCUGUUGCUUCUGGGAGCCGUAGUCUCAAGGCCCCUACAGGAAGCCGAUGAAGCAAUCACAGUUCCUGCUAUCCAGUUCCGUAGCAAGACAUCCGCUCAAGAUAUCUGCACCGCUUAUCUGGUUCAGGGACAACUUUUCAUCACGUUGUCUCGAUGCUUGGGUGAGGAUCGUAGCGCAAUCAACCAACUGUCCACUAUAGAUGUGGUUGGCCAAGGCACUCGCAAGAUUCAAGCUUUCGCCAUUCGCGGACCGGAAGCGGAAGCCAGUGCGGAUAUUGCAGUCGUGAUGUACGAUGGUCCACUGGAGAAACAAUCCGAUCGCAGUGGUCUCUUCGCAGCAUUCCGUCUUCAUCCAGUCGCUCGCUUUGAGCGAGAAGAUGAAGCUGAAGGUGCAGCAACUGCGCUGGACCUUGACAGCCGUUUGAUCGGUUCUUUAGCAGCUUUGUUUGGAUCGAUGUAUUUGGCGAAGUAAAUGGAAGUGACGCAAGAAAAGAAACUGAACUGUGUUCACUUUGAACAAGUGG